UCAGUCCACUCCACCCUCAGUGUGUGAGUAUCCAUCGUCGUGUUCGGUCAGGUCGCCCGUCUCCGGUCGUCACCAUGACUGAGGCUAAGCCAGAGUACAAGGAGGUGCCCACGAAGGAAGCCGAGGAGGUCAAAGAUGACAACGAGGUGGUGGGGCUCAAGCCCAAGAUGACCCUGAUGAACGGCAUCACCGUGAUCGUGGGUUCUAUCAUCGGCUCGGGUAUCUUCAUCUCCCCGACGGGAGUCCUGAAGGACACCGGCAGCGUCGGCAUGUCCUUAGUCGUGUGGAUCAUCAGCGGCCUCUUCUCCAUGGUGGGCGCCUACUGCUACGCCGAACUCGGCUGCAUGAUCCAGAAGACGGGCGCCGACUACGCCUACAUCAUGGUCACCUUCGGGCCCUUCCUCGCCUUCAUGAGGCUGUGGGUGGAGUGCCUCAUCGUGAGGCCGUGCUCGCAGACCAUCGUGGCGCUCACCUUCAGCGUCUACAUCAUGAAGCCCUUCUUCCCCGACUGCGACCCCCCGGAUGAUUCUGCCAGACUCCUGGCUGCCGUCUGCAUUCUAAUCCUCACAUUCAUCAACUGCUGGAACGUGAAGUGGGCCACCCGCGUUCAGGACAUCUUCACGGGCGCCAAAUUGUUCGCCCUGGCCGUCAUCAUCGUCACAGGCUUCGUGCAGCUUGGCAGGGGUCAGACUCAGUACUUCACCUUCGACAACACGGAGACUGAUAUGUCCAGAAUAGCUCUGUCCUUCUACUCGGGUCUUUUUGCCUACAACGGAUGGAAUUACCUGAACUUCGUCAUUGAAGAACUCAAGGAUCCAGUGAAAAACCUGCCCAAGGCCAUCUACAUAUCCAUCUCCCUGGUUACCGUGGUAUACGUCCUAGCCAACGUCGCCUUCUACACGACCCUGUCUCCUGCAGAAGUCCUGGGCUCCAGCGCCGUUGCUGUGACAUUUGCCAAUAGGUUAUUUUCCAACUACUUCACUUGGGUCAUGCCCUUUUUCGUCGCCUGCUCCACCUUUGGUGCUGUCAACGGUGUCCUCCUAACCUCCUCCAGGCUGUUCUACGCCGGUGCCUUGGAGGGCCAGAUGCCCGAAAUCCUCACCAUGAUCCAGAUCAAGAGAAUGACACCAACUCCUGCUGUGCUCUUCAUGGCCUUCCUCAGCCUGAUUUAUCUUGGAUCUAGCAACAUCUAUGCCCUCAUAUCUUACGUCGGCUUCGCAACUUGGGUAUCUAUUGGCUUGGCUGUGGCCUGUGUCCCCUGGCUCCGUUAUACGGCUCCAAAUCUGGAACGGCCCAUCAAAGUCAAUCUGUUUUGGCCCAUCAUUUAUAUUCUUGCUACAAUCGUCAUUACAAUUGUACCUAUGUUUGCAGCACCAAUUGAAACUGGUAUUGGAGUAGGUAUCAUUUCCACCGGCAUUCCUGUGUAUCUCAUCUUCAUCAAGAUGAGGAAACCAGAAGUUAUAAGACGUUUCUUAAAUAACUUUACAGAAGCUAUGCAGAAAAUGAUGAUGGUGGUGGCUGCAGAGAAGAAACAAUAGCAAAUGAGUUGUGUUUAGAGAGAAUGAAUCAAUUGACACGUUCCUUCAGAAGGUCAUGUUGGUGUGCCAGCCAGAAACGCCCUCCAAUCUGUAAGGACCAAAUAUUGCAGCUCUAAAGACAAAAUAAUAAAAGGAAAGACCAAGUGUAAAUUGUUGAAGGUAUUUUGUGUUGUUCAGUUUGAAUUGAGAGUUGUUCUUGAUAUGUUGGCAGAUAUUUAAAAAAAAACUAUAAAAAUUAAAAAAAAAAUGUAUUGUGUAAUGUAGUCAUUGUAAAGUAUUUUGACAGUUUUAUAUUUAGUUCAGGCUUCAGAACCUGAAAUAAUUUCAUAAUAAAAAGUAACUGGCCUUUGGAAGAGAAGUGCCAGCUUCAAUUUGUAAGUUGUCAUUAUUUUUAUAUUACUAGAUAAGCUCUAGGUUAGAUAUGUUUUGGAAUAGUUAAUUGAAAUAAACCUGGACAAGGUAGUUCCUUACAUACCAGCUAAUUUUUAGUAAAAACUGCAUCCUUACUGACUCUUGUCAAAAAAUUUAGGAAAGACGUAUAUGCCUGUGACAUGACAUGACUACUGGUUGUAAUAGUGUCAGAAACUUUGUUAGGAACUUUGAAUAUUGAGGACAGUGGAAUAUAACUGCAAACCAUAGAUAUUUCACUUGUUUAGGGAAGUGAAGUAUUACUGAUACACUUUCAAUUAUUUUUACAAGGAUGAAAUGUCCUUAAUAAUGUCUCACCAAGUUUCAUUUCAAAUUUUAAUCUAUGUUAUGUGCUUAGCUCAAAAUCUGAUUGACUCCAGACAUGAUAAACUAGCACAGACUGAACGCUUUCAGCUUCACAAGCAUUUGUCAACAAGAGUUUUUAGCUGAGGUUAGAAAGGGACAAAGAACAAGAGACUCAGUGGGAGUAUGUUUGCUGCAGUAUUUUUUACCUUAGAUAAGUAUUAAUGUGCUUUCAACUAAAAUGCAGAUAUACUGGCAUAGUAGGUUGCACAGGAAAGAGGAGGGAUAUGACUGACAUAGGGAGAAUUUUGAGGACUGUGAUAUGCAAUUUUUUUGUAAGUUGAAUCAUUAGUAGUGUUACCAUAUACAUAUUAAUCUUUGGAAAAGAAUUUACAUGUAUGGUCUGUAAGAAAGUAACAGGUUACUAAAGUUAACAUUUCCAGAAAUUGUGAUUUUGUUACUUCUCUCACAUUAGCUCUUAUUCUUGAUUCACCAGAUGAUUGUAAUACAUACAUCCUUUUGAAAGGUUGAGCACUUGAAAUCAAAUUAUGGCAUUUGUCACUGGAUAUUAUUUUGAUAUCUACCAUCAUAACUUUUUUAUUUUAAGCAAAAUUUUUAAUCAAAACAAAAGCAGUACAGUAUAUCUGUUCUUUAACAUGAAAGUACAAUCUCCUUUAUUUUCGACUUUUGAUAUUGCGAUCUUUGCUGCAGUAAAUGUUGGUAAUAAAAGAAUUGUAGAUAUCAUAAUUUUUUCUCCUUGUUUAUGGAACUAUUUAUAUAUACAGGUAUAGGAUAUUAUUUUUCAUUGUUUCCUUAUACUACUGUAAUUUUAUUCAGUUGUUAAUAGUACAGCUGUCUGUGACGAAGGAGUUACAUUUGUGUGUCGAAAAGACUACUUAGAGCCUUCGGGCAGAAUUUUUUGGUGCGGUACAGUUUUAUAUACAUUUAAGUUUUUAUUUCCACUUGUAUCCUUACGUUAGUUGUACCAUUUACCACUAUAGUUCUCUUUAGGGGUGUCAUAUGGCGACUCUGAGUCCAUAUGUGGAAUCUCAUUUUGAAUGGUAUCUAGAGUUAUAGAAAUCCUAAUUUGUUCCUGCCAGUGACUGUGGAGUAUUUCUGUCUUUUUGUAUAUUCUGACCAGGCCUGUUGUAAUCAUUCUUUUAUGUUAUACCAGAAAACAACUUGAUGAAAGUUAUUUGAGAUGAAGUCACUAACAAUGUAGUACUCUAAAGAAAUGACACACACUUUAAGUACUGUACACUUGCUAUACCUGAGGAUAAUAUAUUGCUCAAGUUAAAAAUCUGAGAGUAAACUGAAAUCCAGAUUCCAUAAUCAUCAAAGAAAAGAAUUUAAAUAUAUUGUGCUGUGCUAUAGUUUUUACUUUGAUAAUCAUAAUGUUUUAGUUCAAAAAUAGAAAUAUUCUGAUGAAUCCAUUAUUCACAACUAUGUACAGUACUCAACUUUCAGUAAUUGAGCAAACAAUUGCCUUAGUAUCUUUGUCACUAAUGUUCAGCAUAAGAUGUUAUUCACAGUUCAUAGAGGGAAAGAAUCGCAUGGAAGUUGGGCAACUCAGGUGUGAAUUAUGUAUCAUUUGAUUCUUUAUUUUUGCUUUUACACAUUGUUAACUUUCCACCUUAAUGUGUUUAUGUAUUUAUACUCGUAAUCAAAUUGAAAUCCUAGGAAAUAGAGAAGUGUUGAUUCCAGAAAUGAAAAGGAUCAUGAUGUUUAGAACUGUUUAGACAAUACUUCAUUCAUAGGUAAAGGAAAAAACUUAAGAACAAAAAGGAAUUUUAAAAGCUAUAAGUAAAUCCUUUGCUGUUACAGGAUAUGAAGCUGAUUUCCACUAUUGCAAUGAGUAUGGAUAAGCAAGGAACUAGUAUACAUAUUAUUUUUAUAUGAGUUAUUAGUACACUGCUGAUGAUAACAAGUACAGCAUGUAUUGUGCUUUAUAACAAAAGGCUUUUGAAAUAUUGACAAACCAAAUGCAUAUUACCAGUGACUUCAGUAAAAAAAAAAAAAAUUGACUCAAUAUUUCUCCUAUUGCCUAUCAGUAUUAAAGUAUCGAGUUACUUGUGAUAAUUACUUGUGAUAUUUCUUUUUCAUUAAGUCACCAUUAAAUCCUGAUACUAAGUCUUUGUUUCAUAAUGCUCAAAAGCAAAGCAUAUAAACAUUUUCUCUGCAAUUUUUUAUAAUAUAGCAGUGCAAUAUUCACUUGUAUACAGUGCCAUAUCUUAUCAUUCGUAGGGUAUUUUAUUGUCAAAUGGAUGAAAAUGUAAGAAGUAUAGUGACUGACUUGUUCUUACAUGUGACAUCAGGUAUUUAGGAAUCACAGUGUGCUUGUUACUAUAUGAAGUUAGGGUUCUGCAUUACUAGGCAGUAGAUGCCAUAACAUAAUUUACUCAUCACAGGCUUUCUAUGGAACUUUGAACUCUACAAUGACCUGGUUUAUUUUAGUUGCCUUAUAUGUUCAUGCAUACAGUAGAAAAUUUUCACUCACAGCACAUUGCACAUCUAGCGACAGGAUACUGAUAAUUACAACAUUGAAAACGCUCGAUUCAGUUUAAUGCUACACAUUCCUACAUGAAAUUGUUUAACUGAUUGCACAUUCUACUGAAUGGCAGUCUGAAAAGUCUUCCAGCACUCAAAGUUAUCACGUGGAGCUUGCACUGCUAUAAGUCUUGCAAAGUUAAGUAAAGCUGUUCCUGAAGAUGGAAAAAUUAGAACAAAUGCUAAGCCUUUUUAUUCCAGCUCAUUAUGCUUUGUUGUCAAAAUAUCAAGUGUGCUAAUUUGUGCACAAGAAAAUAAUAAGCAAAGUAUAAUUUCCUAUAUUUUCCAUCACUUACCUAUGGGAGACCAAAAUGAUAUUGUACAUCCAAGCUGAAUGUUAUGAAGCAUAUCGAAGUAUAUGUAAAUAUCGGUUGUUAAUGUAUGUAGGAACUGUGAUCUCUGUAUAUCCGUUUUGAUGUUCUAUAACCACUAUAAAUCCUCUUGUAGUGAAGACUUCAUGUGAUGUCAAUGUGAAAAUGGUUUCUGACAGUACUAGUUAGUUAGCAUGAUCAAGAGUACUUUUGUGAAGUAGGAGGUUUUGAUCAUCUGAUACAAUGUUAAGUGAUUUUUGACUAGGCUGGUGUUGUAUAGUUAAAAAAAGUAUUACAGUACAUGCUAUGAUACUUUAUUGCAUUUCAAAAUUUUUAUUUUCACUCUUCAGUUGAAAAGUUCUUGUGUAAAUUUAUUCUUGAGAAUUACAUUAAAAUAAUAUUAAAUGGACCAAUAAUUCAUAUCUUGUACGUAUAGGAAGAAGUCCCUGUAAUGAUUUGUUAUUUUUUUUAGUAGAAUAUUUGCUUAUGCUUAGACCUAUCAUUAAAUACUACUGUGUCCAGUGUUAUUUAUUUGUAUAAGGAAAAAUGUGUUUGGUUUAGUCAUUGAUAUAAUGUUAUGGAUACAGAGAUAUUGUGAAUUUGCUGUACAGUACUACUUUAUUUUUCAUGAGAUAUAGAAACAAAAUGUAUCUCAAGAUAUUUAAAUAAAAAUGGGUUUACUCUAAUUUAUUAAAUUGAGUUUGUAAUUCUUUUUAAAUUUGAAAGUGAAAAGAUAAUCAUGAUUUGUAGAGGACUAUAUGUGUAUGGAAUAAUGUGCAAGGACAGGGAACUAUAUGAUAUAACAAAUAUACCUAUAAGAUGUUAAAUAUGCCACCUCUCCUGUAUGUUUUCUCCUUCAUGUACAAAACUUUGGUCAAAUGUGACUUCUUUUACAAGCUCUUAUUCUGAUUUAUGAUGAUAUUUGUACACAAUUCCAUGCCCAUAUACGAAAAAAGAGCACAAAUUCUCUUUUGCAAGAAUUCAUGGGAAAUACUUUUUAAUUUUUUAGUAAAUGUAAUCACCCAUUUUAAAAUCUGUAUGCAUAUUCCUUAUACAUUUUAUGAAACUGAAAUCAGUUAAAAGCUCACCUUGGCAUUGCAAAAUCACAUACAGUAUUUGUCUUACUUAUACAUACUAACACAUUCUGCAACUCGAUCAUACUCCCUUUUACUUUGAGAUUGCUUACUUUGAUUCCACAGAAUUUCACUUUGUGCAGCAGUGCAUUUAUAUGUAGUGAGAGAAAGUGUCCUUGUGUCAUGAAUAUUCAAAGUAUCAUAAUCAUGAAUGUACAGUGUAGAAGUGACUUUUAAGGUAUUACCGCCAAUUUUUAUGCAGUAAGAGUUUAUGUUACACAAGUAGAUAAUCAGAUAAUGACAGGUGUGUGAUGUGCAGUGGAUUGUAAAACUGUUGGUUUUAUGUUGAAUGAAGUAAAAUUAACUUUAGAGAAA